AUGGGGAUAUUUUCUAGGUCAGACCUUCCACGUCCCUUGGCUAUACCAGACACGCCUCCCCCCGACCUGGGGAGCCCAAGUUACUCGUCACACUCGUCCAGGCCCUCCGAAGAUUGGUCCGGGAAAGCCACGCGGCCUAUAUCUCCUCCCAUGUCCAGCUAUGAUCAUAGCAGCAAGCCCGAAAUGUCGGCUGGGAAGGGUUCCGAAGAGAGCCGGACGCCGAGAGUGGACAGCCAGGGCGCCCCUCGACUGCAGCUGCCAUCGCUGAGCAGCAUAUUCGGCCCAGUUAAUCAGAUGCGUCCAGUGCACUCGCCAGUUUCAGACCGACCGAGUCCUCUAUACUCGCCCUUGGACCGGCCCCAUUCGGCAUCCACAAACCCGGAGAGGUCCUACUCCAACUCCUACUUCCCGCCCGUGCCGAUGCCGGCGGCACAACCACGCAGCAUGUACGAGCCGAGGCUGGAUUCGGAACGUGCCCGCACCCCUUUACCCUCCAGUAGACCCCAGUAUCCUGGACCUACGUCCCCGAGAACCCGCGAAUUCGAACAGACACACGGUGGACCACGACAAGAAUCGGCGUUGAGUGGUCGAUGGCCCAGUCACUCCAGCCAUGCAGACCCUAGGCGAUCAGAGUAUGUCUUCAGCAGCCGGGAUUCGGCGUCGUCAUUUCGGCCAGUCAAUGACCGUUUCUCUUUUGCUGAGCUUGCGCACAAGACGAGCCAUGAAUCCGUUUCUGGGCCCAGGGAACACGGCCAGAUGCAUCCAGGCCAGCCCAGUCUGUCUCCAACGUCGACAGCUGGGGGUACUUGUGAAGGCAUGCCAGUCAAGGAUGGUUUAGGGCCCAAGAUCUGGACAGGGACGCACUUCCUUCCCCGUUUCGUACGACAGGCGGAAGUGCAAGGGGAAGGCCUGUGCUACUUCUACGAUGAUGGCUCGCACUGCAAGACAGUGAUAGACGGGGAACAAGUUAAUGCACACUGGGGUGUUACGAAGGCUGGGAAACCUAGGAAGCGUCUCGCGAUUGCGUGCCUGACAUGCCGCGAGAAGAAGAUCAAGUGCGAUCCCGACUUUCCUCGCUGUGUUCAAUGCGAAAAGUUCGGCAGGGUAUGCAAGUUCAAGAAUGCUCCCCGAGGCGGACACAACACCUCUCCAAUCACUUCGCCAGGCGAGCACGACGAACCGAGACAACUCGGGAUGCAUCCAAGACAACUGGAACACGCCAGACCCCGAAGUACCUCGAGCACUUCUAUUUCCCCUAGAACCACGAGUUUAUCCCACCCUUCGCCCGAGCUGCCAGGAAUGCCUCUGAAAAGGGUGCGAGUUGGCUACGAGCAGCACUACGAGUCUUCACCUCGCGAACCGUCGCGGAUGUUCCAAGCCUCGGAAGCCAAGAACUACUCGUGGCAACAGCGGGAUUUGCCUCGUAUACAUGAGGACAUUCUUUGCCGAACCUGGCAAACAGACCCGUAUGUCUCCGAUCCUCAAGCCACCACCAUUAUCAUUACAUCCUUCUUCAACCACAUCGAGACCACUGCUCUGCGCUUCCUCCCGGCGCAGAUCAUCAAAGACUGGGUUAAGAACAAUGCUCAUACAAAAUCUCCAGAAGACCUCACGCUCCUUUAUAGCCUGUUGGCAUUUGGCGUACAUGUCUCCGGCGGCCCGAAACACAUUGCCCAUGAAUACGCCCAGGUGGCCCGCUUUGCCUGCGAGAGGAGCAACCCCGGCAUGCGGCUCGUUCAGUCUAGACUGGUUCUUUCAACAUUUUACCUGGCAUGUUCGAGGGAGUUUGAUAGCUACGAGAUGCUAAACGCGGCCAUCUCAGGGGGAUUGUCGCUGCAGUACAACCUUGAACUUGACCAAGCGACCAGCCCAGUCCCAACGAGUUUCCCCUACCAGAUGAAUCGGACUACCUAUGCAGAAAGCAGGAGAAGGACUUUCUUCUCCUGCUUCAUUCUUGAGAGAACCAAUGGGAUAUUUCCUAGUCGUCCAACACUACUGAAUGCCGAUGACAUCUUCCUCCGCCUCCCCUACGAUGAAACUCUCUUCAACAAAGGAGUUGAGAACGCCCCCGAAACUCCCAUGUUUGAUAUUGUGCGCGGGCAGUCAUCUUUACGGCAAGGCGUCGGCAUCAUGGGAUACCUGCUUUAUAUCGUCGAGAUUUGGGGCUGGGUACUCGCAAAGAUCCACCGAGAAACCCGAGGGUCUGAUACAUCCGAUUCCGACCCGCAAUUGCUCGACAAGAUUACGGAGAGGCUUCGGCAAUACCAGGAAGCUCUCCCGCCGAAAUACGGCUUCUCGGAAUCGAAUUUGGCCAAGGCAUGCGAGGAUGGCAUCGAGAGUUGCCUCGUCACACUUCACUUGCUCUUGAUUCUUGCCCAGAUCCAAUUCAGUCGCCAUGUGCAGUCGGGCAUAUCGAUAUCACCGCGACCUGAAACCGCCGCCCACAAGAGUUUGUCUCUCGCAGGCGAUUUGAUGUUCGUCCUGGGGAUCGUGCACAGCCGGUUUGUGGCCAGGUGCACGACGAGCUCUCCAUACCUACCGACUCCCAUGGCCAUGUACGCAGCUGUAGAGGCUGUUGACAUCAUGACAGCUGGCGGCUCGUUAUCCUCGAUCCCAAACUCGAUCAAGGAAACCAUCAUCGCCAAGGAGUUGUGCGAAGCAUUGUCGCCGGUUUGGCAAAGCGCAAGGGAUCACAAGGCACUGCUCGACCAGAGGACAGAGAAACUCAUGCUUCUUCGCGACAGGGAAGCAAACGCAAUCGCCGACCCGAUACCCGGCGUCCAGGUUUACCGAUCCCCCAAUACCCCUGAAUCGAGCAACCUCAUGUACCGCAUCAUCGAACCACUCGAAACACGAUUCCCCCUGACAAACGACGUCGUCUACGGCCUACUACCAGCGAUUCAAGCAACACAAGUGACGGCAGCUGUUUGA